AUGUCUAGCUCACGAUCAAGUUCCACGUGUUCCACGAGUUCCACACGUUCAAAUACAAGUAUAAGAAACUUUUCAGAACAAUAUAGAGAUGUUACACCUUCUUUCAGCACGACAACGGCAGAUUCAUCAUCAGAUGACGAGAUUGCGAAAGAAGAUGACCCUUUCAGUCCUUAUCUAAAAAAAGAAUCGUCCCCAGUGUCUCAAUUUCCAUCAGUAUAUCAACCACCACCUUUGGUAGUUGUGCCUCAGCGGUCACAACCUCAAGUAUCGACGGAACAUCCAGCUUCGGAUAAUCCGCCUGAACAUUUUAAUAAUCAAUUUCGUAGAGGAAAAAGACGUCAAUUCUGGACUCCUGUGGAAUUAAAAGCGCUGGAGAUCGGUAUGAAUGAAUUUGGCACUCAAUGGGCCAAAAUCCUGAGACUGUACGGUGGAACUCAUGGUCCUUUAAGAAAUCGAAAUUCUGUUCAAUUAAAAGAUAAGGCGAGAAAUGAGAAGAAAAGAAGAAUCAAGUAUAACCUUGAAUUGGGGAUAUUUCACAUUGCAAGUGGUGGAGAGGAUAUUUCGGAUUAUGAAUUAGAGUAUGAUGAUUAA